CUCCGGGGAUGUGGAAGCCAUGGAGCAUCUGUGGCUCCGACCCGAUGCCCCUAGCAGGUGCACCUGGCAGCUGGGCAGGUCCAGCGUGGACUCUCCGCAUCACCACACCACCCAAGUCUCACUCUGUCACUCUGGGUAGUGAUGUCAUAGCUCACAGCAGCCUCAAACUCCUGGGCUCAAGCGAUUCUCUUGCAUCAGCCUCCUGAGUAGCUGAGACUAUAGGCACCUGCCAUAACACCUGGCUAAUUCUUAAAGAUGGGGUCUCACUCUUGCUCUGGCUGGUCUCAAACUCCUAAGCUCAAGCAAUCUACCUGCCUUGGUCUCCCAGAGUUCUAAGAUUACAGGCCUGAGCCACCGCAUCUGGCCAUUGCAUAUUUUUUCUAUAGUGGGCUCUUUUUAUGGUUGGUCAGAGACUAGUGGAUAAACUGUAUGUUAUAUAUCUAUUUUUUGUUUGUUUGUUUUUGUUCUUGUUUUUCUGAGAUAGGAUCUCACUGUGUCUCCCAGGCCAGAGUGCAGUGAUGCUAUUAUAGUUUGCUUCAGCCUCAAACUCCUGGGUUCUGGCAAUCCUACCUUGGCCUCCCAAGUAGCUGGGACUACAGGUGUGGACUACAACGCCCAGCACGUUUUUUAUUUUUAUUCAUUUAUUUAUUUUUUAGUGAUGGAGUCUUGCCUAGGCUGGUCUCAAACUCUUGGGCUCAAGUGAUCCUCUGGCCUCGGCUUCCCAAAGUGCUAGUAUUAUAGGUGUGAGCCUCUGUGGCCAGCUUAAACUAUAUUCCCUCCCUCCCUCUCUCUUUCUUUCGUUCCUUUCUCAAGCAGUCCGCCUGCUCUGGCCUCCCACAGUGCUAGGAUUAUAGGUGUGAGCCGUGGCACCCAGCCUAAACCAUUUUUUUUUCAAAGCACUCUAUUGGGUACUAGUUAUUUGCAUUAUUUCACUGUAAAUAACUGCAAUAGAAAAUAUUACACAUUCGUUCAGUCAAAUCUUCACUGAUUAUCUAUGAUAUUGCAUGCCUUGUUCUGGGUGCAGAAGAUACAUCACAGAAAAUAAAAAAUAUAAAAAAAUUCUGCCCCAUCAUGAAACUUAAAUUGAGCUCACUACAUUUCUGGAUUAUCUUUGAUUAUUCCCUUAGUAUAAUCUCCUUGAAUUGGAACUAAUGGGUCAAAGAUUAUACUUUUCAGGCAUCUGAUUCUUGCACCGUGCUACUCACAUUUAUAGUAUUGAUUUAAAAACCAGAAGCAGGGUGGGGGGAGUGCAUGCUCAGUGUGGCCAGUAGGAAGAAGUGAAAAUGGACAAAGCCAGCAGCUCUGAACUAGACUCGCCUCCAUGCUGGGAGCACAGGAGCUCAAGUAGGCCUUGGCAGGUGGCUGGGCCCUCACUGCCAAGGUAAAGCAGAGCUGCAGGUGAGAUGCCAUGUGAGGCUGGAGUGUGGGGCAGAGGUCAGAUUCUUGAGGGCACCAUAGCUCCUACUUGUGAGCAAGUGGCCGCCAGUCUGUCAAAUGGCAUUGCACCUUCACUCAUUGGCUUAAUAGCCUCAUGAAACACCCUGAGGGCUGACAUCUCAUCCUGAAGUGCAGAGCCAGGGCUUGGCCCAGGUCGUGGACCCACUCAGCAAGGGGUCCUGCGGAGACUUUUCCCACCUCACUAGAUCAAGGACCCUAGGAGGGAGACGGCUGGGGACUGCUGGUGGUAACAGUAUUCAGGCAGUGAGGUGGCCAGGGAGGGCCAGAACAGAAGGUGCUGGAAUAGGUAUCCGGGGAGGGGUUUCUGGGAUGGGCUUGAAAGAAGGAUGAGGGGCAAGGCUGCAGGAUGGGCAGGUAGGGCUUGUCCCUGGUAAGGGGUUUGGAAUUAUUCUUUUCUUCCUUCCUUUUUUUUUUUUUUUUUUUAAAGGAGCGCACUAUGGGGACAUUGUUCUCCCAGCGGCCUCCUGCAGAUACAGUGAAAGUAGACGCACAAGCUCAGCGCCUAUAGCUCAGCAGCUAGGGCACCAGCCACAUACACCAGAGCUUGGCGGGUUCAAAUCCAGCCUGGGCCUGCCAAACAACAAUGACAACUGUAACCAAAAAAUAGCCAGGCGUUGUGGAGGUCACCUGUAGUCCCAGCUACUUGGGAGGCUGAGGCAAGAGGAUAGUUUAAGCCCAAGAGUUUGAGGUUGCUGUGAGCUGUGACGCAUGGUACUCUACCCAGGAUGACAGCUUGAGACUCUGUCUCAAAAAAAAAAAAAAGGACACACAGAAUCCAGGGCCAUUCUUGCAAAUUUAUCCUUUACCGUACUGUGUGGGGCCCCUGUCCUGAUGCCUCUGCAGAUUUCUCAGGUGACUCUGUGGCUACCAGGGCCCAUUGCUGCUAGGUCAGCACAUCUGAGUUCUCAGGGCCCCCGUCCACCUGAGUGCAGGGGUCUGCCCUGCCCCUCUUCAGCUUGAACUGAAUUAAUGAAAGAGCCCCUGGUGUCAGCACAGAGGGCUUGGACUCCUGCCAGGCCUCUUCAUGGUAUAUAGGCAGAGCUCUUCGCCCUGGCCAGCCUCUCUUUACUUUGCUGAGCCUGGUUCCAUCCCACCAAGGGCUAUGCCCCCCAGUGUGGCCAUGACUCCUGUGGCAGCUCCUCUCUGCCUCCUGGGGGCAAGGCGGGGCUGAAUGAAUUCCCGUUUUGCCCUGUCACUGUCUACUUGGGGCUUGGGGAGGCUUCUCCCUACCGCAUAAUUGACAGGACCCCAGGGAGCUGGGCCCCGCUGUGUUAGGACACCCCACCCCGGGCCCAGGCAGCCUGCUUGCAAGUAUGUGCCUGUGCUGGGCAGCCCCCCACUUAAGGCUGGGGAGUGGCCCAUCAGAAUCUGAGGUUGGGAAGCUCUUGCAGUUCUGGAGAUACAAGGAGGUCUGCCGAUUCCCAGGACAAAAUCUCCAAAAAUCUUGCCAGAUAUUCUGAAAAAAAUUGGAGACACCCCCAUGGUCAGAAUCAACAAGAUUGGAAAGAACUAUGGCCUGAAGUGUGAGCUGCUGGCCAAGUGUGAAUUCUUCAACGCGGGCGGGAGUGUGAAGGACCGCAUCAGCCUGAGGAUGGUGGAGGACGCCGAGCGGGAAGGGGUUCUGAAGCCUGGGGACACAAUCAUCGAGCCGACGUCUGGGAACACAGGGAUUGGGCUGGCCCUGGCUGCAGCUGUGAAGGGCUAUCGCUGCAUCAUUGUCAUGCCCGAGAAGAUGAGCAUGGAGAAGGUGGAUGUCCUGCGGGCCCUGGGGGCCGAGAUUGUGAGGACACCCACCAACGCCAGGUUCGACUCCCCCGAGUCACACGUGGGAGUGGCGUGGCGGCUACGGAAUGAAAUCCCCAAUUCUCACAUACUGGACCAGUACCGCAACGCCAGCAACCCCCUGGCCCACUACGACACCACCGCCGAGGAGAUUCUGCAACAGUGUGACGGGAAUCUGGACAUGUUGGUGGCUUCAGCAGGCACGGGUGGCACCAUCACAGGCAUUGCCAGGAAGCUGAAGGAGAAGUGUCCCAGCUGCACAAUUAUUGGUGUGGACCCUGAAGGAUCCAUCCUCGCGGAGCCGGAGGAGCUAAACCAGACAGAGGUGACGGCCUAUGAGGUGGAAGGCAUUGGCUACGACUUCAUCCCCACAGUGCUGGACAGGACGGUAGUGGAUAAGUGGUACAAGAGCAGCGAUGAGGAGUCCUUCACCUUCGCCCGCAUGCUGAUCUCACAGGAAGGGCUGCUCUGCGGUGGCAGUGCUGGCAGUGCGAUGGCGGUAGCCGUGAAGGCUGCCCGGAAGCUGCAGGAGGGUCAGCGCUGCGUGGUCAUCCUGCCCGACUCGGUGCGGAACUACAUGUCCAAGUUCCUGAGUGACAAGUGGAUGUUACAGAAGGGCUUCCUGAAGGAGGCAGAUCUGACUGUGAAGAGGCCGUGGUGGUGGCACCUCCGGGUUCAGGAGCUGAGCCUGUCGGCACCACUGACGGUGCUGCCGACAGUCACCUGUGAACAGACCAUUGCGAUUCUCCGAGAGAAGGGUUUCGACCAGGCGCCUGUGGUAGACGAAUCGGGGGUGAUUCUGGGCAUGGUGACACUUGGGAACAUGCUGUCAUCCCUGCUGGCUGGGAAGGUGCAGCCCUCAGACCAGGUCCACAAAGUUAUCUACAAGCAAUUCAAGCAGAUCUGCCUGACAGACCCGCUGGGCAAGCUUUCACACAUCCUGGAGAUGGACCACUUCGCCCUGGUGGUCCAUGAGCAGAUUCAGUUGGGACCAGGCCUGGUCAGGAGUGGGGGGCCUGCAGACCACAGCGACAGCAAGUCCAGCCCGCGGCACACGGUGUUCGGGGUUGUCACUGCCAUUGACUUGCUGAACUUCGUGGCCACCCGGGAACGGCACCAGCAGUGAACGUGGAUGGCUGGGUGCUCUGCCUCCCUUCACUCUCCCUACUUGGAGCAUUAGCUUUUGCUUUUGUAAAUAAUCAGCAAAUGUGCGAUUAACUACCCGAGGCUGGGCACUGCUUACCCCAGACAGGCAUGGAGGAGUGGGACACCCAGGCUCAGCCAGCACCUAUCUGCUUGGCCCCACUGACACUCUCUGCCCUGAGUGAAUGUUUCUGGUGUCUUAGAUUAAAUGGAUCCGUCUCUACUGUGACCUCCUCUUAAGAUGUUUCAUGAGGCUCAGCGCCUGUAGCUCAGCAGGUGAGGUGCCAGCCACAUACACCAGAGCUGGUGGGUUUGAACCCGGCCCGGGUCUGCUAAACAACAAUGACAACUACAACAAAGAAUAGCCGGGCGUUGUGGCGGGCGCCUAUAGUCCCAGCUACUGGGGAGGCUGAAGCAAGAGAAUCACUUAAGCCCAAGUGUUUGAGGUUGCUGUGAGCUGUGACACCACGGCACUCUACCGAGGUUGACAUAGUGAGACUCUGUGUCAAAAAUAGAUAUACAUAAAUUUAAAAAAAGAUAUGUUUAAAAAAAAAAUGUGUUUCAUCAAUGAGAUGUGGGAAGAGGAGUUGCCCAGCUGGAGCAGGAAGGAGUAAAAGGAAAAGGAAGUGUCUUUACCAGAGAGGAGUCCAGAAUGGGGAGCCCAGGUCAGUUAGUUCAGCGUCCACUCCUAGGGGCAGGGUGGUCCACUCAGGGCUAAGAUGGAUGGAGCAGCUUAUGUGUUUUUAAAUUGAGGUGGGAUUCACAUAACCGAAAUGUCAUACAGAUCAAUAAUUUUAAAUUAAUAAUUUUGAAGUGAAUAGUUCAGUGCAUUUAGUACAUUUCGAGAUCUGCAAAGCCCCCACCUCCGUCAAGUCUCAAAACCCCCCCACCCCACAGCCUGUGAAGCAGCCACUUCCCACCCCCUCCCUCCGUCCCCGGCAUCCUGUGAUCUGCUUUCUGGCUCAAGUUACCUUCCUGGACUUUUCAUAUAGAUGGAAUUGCACUGUCUGUAGGCUUGUGUGUCUAGCUUAUUUCACUUUGUGUGACGUUUUUAAGGUCCAUCUGUUAUAGCAUGAACUUUGUUCCUUUUCAUGGCUGAUUAAUAUUCCAUUGUUGGAGAAACCACAUUUUGUUUAUCCAUUGAUGGACAUUUGGGUUGUCUCAAUCUUUAGCUGCUGCUCGCCAUGAACAUUCACGGACAAGUCUGAACACGUUUCAUUUUUCUCGGGUGCGUCCGCAGGCAGGCCAUUGCAGGUGAUGCUGUGACUCUGUGGUGAUCCUCAUCCUUCCUAACACUUGUAACUUUGACAGAGAACAGCCUUUCUACAUGAAGCUGGUAAAACCCAGUUUAUGGAAAAGGGACUGGAAAUAACUUAGUUUUGAUAAUCCCAGUAGUCAAUAAUUAGGAUUUGUGACUCAUGACCUGACCCAUGAAACGGGUCAGUGGCCUGAAACAGGACCUUCUGGUGACCCGUGUAAUCACAAGACUCCUGGACAGGUCAGCAGUCCACUUUUCAGUCAAUGCAGACACUCAGCGAUUUUUUUUUUUUUUUUUGAGACAGUCUCAAGCUGGGUAGACUGCCAUAGCAUCAUAGCUCACAGCAACCUUCAACUCCUGGGCUCAAGAGAUUCUGUUGUCUCAGUUUUUCUACUUUUAGUAGAGGUGGGGUAUUGCUUUUUGCUCAAGCUUGUCUUGAACCCGUGAGCUCAACCUGUCCACCUGCUGCGGCCUCCUAGAGUGCUAGGAUUACAGGCGUGAGCCACUGCGCCCAGCCACAUUCAACUAUUUUUAACAGGACUAUUUUGUAGCCUGGCCCCUUGGGACCAUGGAGAGAACCCAUGACAGUGACGCUGCUGUCACCAGGGAGCUUAAGAGCCACCUCUGUCCCCACCCCUGGGUCUGCACAGAGAGCUCAGUGCCCCCAAUGGACAGGCUGCAGCCCUGACUGGCAGCUGGCACACAGGCAGAGCUGGAGCCUGCAGCCCUGAGGUGCCCUCCUCACUCAUCAUGUGCCAGGGCCGCCUCCUCUGGGGUGGACCUCCAAUCCCAGUUCCUUCAUUACCUUUUGGGUUGGGCUAGCCCUGAGCGGUCAGCCUGGGUUUCAGCAGCUGCCAGCAUCCCGUCCCUCAGCCAUCUCCUGCCCAUCCCCCACGACAUCCUACCUUGCCCACACCUGCCACAUCCCACCUGCUUCCUCCUCUUCCCGUCCUUCAGACAGAGCCUGUCGCUGCCUCCUGGUGUCUUUCCCCUCAGCAAAGGUAUCUUUUGGAAGCAUUUGGUCGCUUGGCCAUUAAUUCUUUGUCCCUGAGACUGAGGCCCUUACCAGGUGUGUUGCCAGCCGGGAGGCACCUGUGGUGGUCAUGCACAGCCGCCUCAGUGCUCCCUGGCCGCCUCCUGCUGGCGGUGUCAGGAAGGGUCCCUGUGAAAGCCAGCAUCGCCCCAGUGGAGGGCGUCAGGGCUGCGCCAAGCCAAUGGAAGGUGUGCUGUGUGGCCCUUGGGUUAACUUUCCUACAUGAUUUAGCUGAGGAUGAUAAUUUUUUAAGUAUUUUUUUGAGGGUGGCACCUGUGGCUGAAGGAGUAGGGCGCCCAUCCCAUAUGCUGGAGGUGGCGGGUUCAAACCUAGCCCCAGCCAAAAACCAAAAAAAAAAAGUAUUUUUUUGAGACAGUCUCACUCUGUUGCCCUGGUUUGAGUGCAGGAGUAUCACCAUCGUUCACUGUAACCUCAAACUCCUGGGCCCAAGUGAACCUCCUGUCUCAACCUCCCAAGUAGCUGGGACUACAGGUGCCCACCACCAUGCAGGGCUAAUUUUUUUUUGAGACAGAGUCUCACUAUGUCGCCCUUGGUAGUGGUGUCACAGCUCACAGCAACCUCCAACUCCUGGGCUUAAGCGAUUCUCUUGCCUCAGCCUCUCAAGUAGCUGGGACUACAGGCGCCCACCACAACGCCCAGCUACUUUUUGGUUGCAAUUGUCAUUGUUUAGUUGGCCCAGGGUGGGUUAGAACCCGCCACCCUGGUGUAUAUGGCUGGCGCCCUACUCAUUGAGCUAUGGGCGCCAAGCUGAGCUAAUUUUUUUUUUUUUUUUUAGACAGGGUCUUGCUUGGGCUGGUCUUGAAUUCCUGAGCUCAAGGGAUCCUCCCACCUCAGCCUCCCAGAGUGCCUAGAUUACAGGAGUGAGAGCCACCACACCUGGCCUAAAAAUGUAUUUUUAAUAAAACUGUGGUAAGCCAAAUAAUGUCUCCCCACUCCUGCAAAGGUAUCAGGUCCUGAUCCCUGAGACCUGUGAAUGUGACCUUUGUAAAAAGUCCUGGGCAGAUGUGAUCAAGUUAAGGAUCUUGAAGCAGGAGGUCCGCUAGAUUAUCCAGGAAAGCCCCAAAUGCGGUCACGUUCUGUCUUCAGUUUUCCCAGCGACAGCUGCAGAAUUGCCCCCGUAUUAGUUUGCUGAGGCUGCUGUAAAAAGUACCCAGAUUGGGUGGCUGUAACAGCAGGAAUUUAUUCUCUAACAGUUUUAGAGGCCAGAAGCACAAAACCAAGGUGUGAUGGUUCUAUCAACCUUAAAUGAUGAGAUUCAGAAUAUAUAAUGAAGUAUAUAGUUUAUUCCAGCACAAAGCUUGAGGAUGGCCAUCCAGGGAAUACAGAUGCCAAAAGAAUGGAUCAGCAUUCCAGAGUGGGGGAGUUAAGGUUUCACCUGUAUCAACAGAGACAUAGAAAUUUAACAGGGGUGUAGCAUUUCUGAGGCUGGUACAUGUCACAGCUGCAUUCUGAGGAGGACCAGUUUAACUUCCCAUAAGGAGGGGUAAUGGUCUUCAGGGGCCUUCUCUCUGGGACCUUUCAGAUCCCUAAUCAUCUACGGAGAACUGAGGAAGAGAUUUGACUUGUAAGCAGAGAUGCAGAAGCUGCAGCUGCAUUGGUGUGACUUCUGCCACAAAGCCACACUCCUCUCAAGGUUUGAAAUAAUUAAAAGUCCCAACACCUUUAUUCAGUUUCACAGUUACUGAAUCUGUCCUAAGACUCUCCCAACUUCUGGUGGUCUGCUGGCGAUGUUUGUUGUUCCUGGACUUGUAGAAGCAUCACCUGACAUCUGCUUUCAGUGCCACCUGGUGCCCUCCCUGCACAUUCAUCCCCAUGUCCAAA